AAUCUGUGAAAAUCUGUUAAGAACAUUUUGAAAAUCUGCUAUUUUUAUGAAAUAUUCAUAAAAAUCUGCAGAAAUCUGUGAAUUUUGAUAAAAUCUGUGACACAGAAUAUGUGUGGCAAAAUAGACAAAAAAAUUCUGUGGUAAAAUCUGUGAAUAUGGUAACUCUGAUCUGUACCCUUCAUCUGAAACGCUUUUUAAAAUAGAGAGGUUUUUAUUGUAUAUUGCAAAGUAUGCCUUUUUAAGGCUUAACAGCCUUAGUUAGCAUCGAAUUAAUCAGUGCUGUUAUAUAAAAGGAUAAUUUACUGUUAACUUAUACGUCCAGAUGUUUUUUAUAUCGAUUAAAAUAGUGACUAAAUCUCCAGAAGAAAUUUUGGGUGGAGCUGCUGUUCGAUUGAAUAAGAUGCUGUAUAGUGAGUCAUAAAGAUGAAAAUCAACGAAAAAAAUCUAUGUAUGUUUGCAACUUCACCUCCUGUCGAUUUGGAAGGAUGGCUCAACAAACGGGGAGAAAUAAACAAAAGCUGGCAGCGUCGGUGGUUUGUGUUGAAAGGAAAUUUGUUAUUCUAUUUCGAGCGGAAAGGCGAACGUGAACCACUUGGCAUGAUCAUAUUAGAAGGAUGUACCGUGGAACUUGCCGAAGAAGGUGAGCAGUACUGUUUUCAGAUCAUCUUCCAUGGCCCGAAUAAUAGAACUUAUUACUUGAGCACCGAAUCACAAGGAAACAUGGAGCAAUGGAUGAAAGCACUUACAUGUGCCGGUUAUGACUAUAUGAAGCUUAUGGUUGCAGAGCUACAGCGGCAAUUGGAUGAAAUUGAGGGUUGCAAAGAGAAGACCCCAGAAAGAACGCCACUAGCACCACCGAAAGCGCCUCCACGAAGGCAGAAUCCUUUUAAUCGACCGUCUCCAAUCGAGUAUGCUUCUAAUGCAGUGUCCGAUUCGUGUGGCAUAUCAACGUCGACAACCGUGUCGCCUCAAGUGAUCCGACGAGCACCCGUACCCCCAACGCAAAUUAUGCCAUCAACUACAUCGUCAGCAAUCCAGACCACUUCGACUUUGCCUCCGCUAGAGGUUGCAUCAGGCAGUAAUGUACAGAAACAGGCAAGUCAGAAACUUGACAAUACUUCGCGAUCGAAUAGUGGAGCAUCGAGCAAAAGUAGUAAUGUUUUAAAUGUCGAUUUAUUGGCUAUUGUAGGCGAAUGUGAAUUUUCGUUCGAGCGAAUGCAUUCGGCGCUAGGUGUACCGGUGCUGACGGAUCUGCGUGCACGGAAAAUAGCGAUGGAAAAGAAUGAAUCUUCGCUCAUAAUGUUCUAACAGCAUUGUCGUUAUUAUAACAAAUUGCAACAAUCUCGAAAUACUCGAUUCAAUCUUCAUUUGUUUCCAAAUCUGGUUGUUUUUCACUGUUUCUACAUUAGUGAUAUGUAGUUUUUCAAACAUUUCCAUGGAAAUACUGCAACUUGAAUAUUAGCUUCUAACUACUAAAGAAAACUAACUACAAACGAACAAGUAGCAAAUUAUCAAUUAAACUAUUUUCAGUUUCAAUUAUAGAUAAACCGACCUAAAAAUUUGGUGUUUAUAACAUUCGUACAAUACCAAUUUAUUAUAAUAUUUUGAUAAAGUCAAUUACAUGAUGCACAAAUCAUAAGGAAACAAAAUAUUAUUUUAUUUCCGUGAAAUAACUGAAAGCACAAACCACUAAUAUAACCCAAGCCGUAACUAAACUGUAGUUUUAAUUGUAUAACUAAUUGAUCAGAGCAUUCAAAAGAUUUGAUAAUUUCUCAAGCUUGACGUAAAAUGUAUGCAGUUAUUAGAUUUCAAAAAUCUAAUAUCUAUUCCCAAAGGACAAAAAAUGCACUGUAAUACAAAAACCAUUUUUUUAGGUCAGUUUACGUUUCAGAAAUAACAGUUUUGAUUAGUAACAAUUAAAUAACUUGUAGCUUCUUUUGAGACAAUAUUUGCUUCAAAUUUAACAUCAACGAAAUGAAAUCAAAAUCAAUCAUCAAUUUUCUGAAAAUUUUAAUUUGUUUUAGAUUAAUUAUCUGAUUCCGAAAAAUAUUGUUUGUAUUGUAUGGCGUUUUAUGAUCAAGGAUUCAUCAUAUAGGGCAAAAAAUGAUUCGAAGUAAUUUUAACUCUUUAAGUCACAACAUCUUUCAUUGUGUCAAUCAAUACAAGAUUUAUUGGUUUACGCAAACAAAUUACUUGUUAUUUCAUAUCUGCAAUAUUCGUCCAAGUAAUAAUUGAUUCAUUGCAUGGUUAGAUCGAACCAGCCGGAGAAUCGCAUAUGCAUGCAGCAAAUGCUCUGUGGCACUAUGGAAACUUGUUUAACCAGUUCGUUAUCAUGACAUAAGAAACUUACUGCUUACUACUUACACCAUGACAAAGUCGCGUAUUCACAAUCAUUUUAACUCUUAAGUCUUGUUGUCUGAACCAUAUUCGACAACGCUUCGAUGUUCUUGUCAAUUCUAUUGGUACAUAUCAUUUUCCUGCAUUCAUUACCAUAUUUGUUGUAAGUGUUGCUAACAUUAAACUAAAGAAAAAAAUCAUAUUCGCUCUAUCCGUUCUGCGCACGAUAGAUUAACGCACUAAACCGCCAAACUGCUUAGAGCUAGAGCUACUAGAAUACAAUUCGAACGAACGAACGAUUUUCUUCCAUCGAAAAUUUUCCGUUCCAGCAGCUGCAAAACGGCACCGCAAAAGAAAGCCGCUUGAGUCUCAUUUUUAGACAUUUAUUUGUUUCCAAUGAUGUAGCAGAUUUUUCGAAAACAAUGAAUUUUCACCGGACUCUCGACGAAAUGGAAAAGAACAAAUUCAAGUGCCAAAUUGUUAGAUUUUAAGUUUCAGUGCAGAAUAUUUUCAGUACAUAUUAAGUGGAAUCCUCCUUCAUCGAAGACCCGUUAGUCACCAUCGUUGCAUUUCCCCAACACUAAUUUUUAACUCGUUUUAUGAGAUUUGUUAAUAUGUAAUUUAUUUACGGAAGAAUAGCAUGUAGGGCUUUAACAUAUAAUAAAUUAUCGAUACAAAUAA